CCCCAUUCCCGACUGAGCAAAACCUUAUCCCUUUUCACUCCCAGUUCCAGCUCCAUCUCCAGCUCCAAUGGCCGCUUCCGCUUCAAUCCACUUCUCAAUCCCACAGUCGCUCUCCCUCCACGGCUCCCCCUCCUCCGGCGCGGCGUCUCUCUCUGCUAUCCGUACUCCGUUUUCCCCCAAACCUCUGCCGAAACUCGAGAUUUCUCUGCGUUCCGUCGGUAGUUACUACGAACGCCUCAAUUCUAGGUUUAUUCGGAACGUCGCGUUCUCUUCUGGAGUAGAAGAAGAGGUUGAGGAAUCUGGUGACGACGAAGGCCUCGAUUUUUCCGGCCAGGGACCGGUGGAUUUCUCGCCGGAGUUAAAGCUUUUUGUGGGGAAUUUACCGUUUAGCGUCGAUAGUGCUGCGCUCGCCGACCUGUUUGGAGAGGCUGGAACCGUUGAGAUGGUUGAGGUUAUAUAUGACAAGUUCACUGGGAGAAGUAGAGGCUUUGGUUUUGUGACCAUGUCAACAGUGGAAGAAGUUGAAGCUGCUGCUAAAAAAUUCAACGAAUAUGAACUUGAGGGCAGACCUUUGAGAGUGAAUUCCGGCCCGCCGCCUUCCAAGAGGGAUAGGGAAAGAUCUCCAUUCCGAGGUGGAGGAGGAGGAGGAGGAGGAGGAGGUGCUAGGGGGAGGGAAAGAACAAGUUUCGAUGACGCCAACAAACUUUAUGUGGGUAAUUUGGCAUGGGGUGUCGACAAUCUUGCUCUCGAGACAUUGUUUAGUGAGCAAGGGAAGGUUAAGGAAGCCCGGGUGGUUUAUGACAAGGAGAGUGGUAGAUCGAGGGGGUUCGGUUUCGUAACCUACAGCUCACCUGAAGAGGUCACAAAUGCUAUCGAAGUUUUGGAUGGCAUGGACCUUAAUGGCAGAUCGAUUCGAGUUAGCCCUGCUGAAGCCCGUCCCAUGCGUCAAUUCUGAACGCAAACUUGUCCAACAUCCUCCUAAUGAGUUCUUCCAGAAAUAUCAAGAGUGGCAACAAUUUUCCUGGCGACUGAUAGCCAGAUACAAACGGUUAGAAGAACGGUAUCAACACUAGCACACACUCGAACCAUCAUCGCCACACUUGAUGAUUUAAAACCUAUGCAUCUAUAUGUUUAUCGAUCUUUUUCACAUUUAUGCGAAACCUGUGAUCCAAAUAGGAAAUGAAAAUUGUUUGUUGAUUGUUUGAUGAUGAAUCUGCCAAUGCUAUGGAUCAUAUAGUGUGCUAA